AUAUAUUAAUAUCGACAUAGAAUUUUCCUCAGCCCUUUAAAUUCCAAAUUCAAUAUCUUCUAUUGUUUUUCUAUUCUAUCUACUUUUUUCACUCGGGAAAGUCUCUUCUUUAUUCAUAUAUUUAUAUUUUCUGUAAAUGAACGAUCAAAAGAUUGAUUACCAAGAAAGAUUAAUCCAACAAAACUCUAAUGGAGUGAUUUCCGAUUUUAGCUUCGGAAUCGGCUCUCGACGUUCCUCUCAAUUUUUUGGCAACAUGGGAGUUUGGGUUCCACAAUCUCCGGCAGCCAUGGACGAAGAAUUUAGAUCUCACCAUCUCCAAAACGGCGCCGUUCAGGCGAAACUUUUGUCUUCUUCUUCUUCGACUAUCAUGAGCCGAUUCGAAACGCCGGCUUCGGCUUUCUACGCCACCGAGCGAUGCAUGGGUUUCCCGCAAUAUGAUUCUCAGGUGGGUUUUUCGUCUCCGGGCUCUCAGUUGAUCUCUUCGGCCCAUUCUCAGACUGAAAACUACUCAGCUAUUGAAGAUUCAGCCCAUGAACAAUCCGACCAGCCCAAUUUCGAUUUCCGAAAUCCUCUUCCAUCAAUGGCGAAAUCUCAACUCCCCUUCCCCACUAGUAAUAUUCUCGGAAAUAAUGGACUCUUUGGACAUGAAUCCAAUCUCCAUGUAGAUACUUCUACCUCCGUUAGAAUCCUUCCGGGAUAUAAUAGUUCGUAUAGUUCUCCAUACACACAGCUGAGCUUUGGGUCACAUAAUCAAGAGAAGCAGCAGUGCCAAAAUUUAUCGUCUGCAAAUAAUAAUAUUAAUAGUAAUAAUAAUGUUUGUAUUAGUGCUGUAAACUCUGCUUUAAACGGGCCUUCAAACUCAAGCAAAACACGUAUAAGAUGGACCCAAGACCUUCACGAGAAGUUUGUUGAGUGUGUUAAUCGUCUUGGCGGAGCUGAGAAGGCAACUCCCAAGGCAAUACUUAAACUAAUGGAGUCAGAGGGAUUAACGAUAUUUCAUGUAAAAAGUCAUUUGCAGAAAUAUCGAAUUGCAAAAUAUUUGCCAGAUUCUGCCGAAGGAAAAUAUGAUAAAAGAACCAGCAUGAAUGACACAACUCAGUUUGAAGCUACAACUGGCUCCCAGAUCAGAGAGGCCCUGCAACUACAACUAGAUGUACAGAGGCGUCUUCAUGAGCAAUUAGAGAUUCAGCGAAAUCUACAGCUUCAAAUUGAAGAACAAGGAAAGCAACUAAAGAGGAUGUUUGACAUGCAGAAAAAAACAAGUAAUAGCUUUUUCAAGAGCCAAAGCUCAGAUAUUACAUCCCAAGAUGAUGCCCCGUCGACUAGCAACGACGAAGAUCAAUUUUCUUUUGUUGAACCUUCCGAAAACACUCAUUUUCCCUCUAAGAUCAGUUAGCUCUAAAGCCGUACAUUACAUUAUUAAUUGCAAGUUUUUUGUCUUAUAAAUAUACUCAAAAGUCAAGUGGUUGUUCCAAAACAAAAAGCUCACUCCCUUUUACUGAGAAGAAAAUAGGUCAAGGACCGAUCGAUCAAGAUUGAAGAGCCGAAUAAAAAGAGUCUUGAAUUGCGUGCAAGUCUAUUGUGUUACACAGUAUGAAUGGUAUUUUAUAAUUUGUGGAGUGGGCACAAGUGUCUAUGGUUGGUUCUUGGUUGAAGAACAUUUUUUUGGGGGUAA